AUGAAGGGAAACUUCAAUAAUAGAAGAAGAGAUCGUGGAAAUAAUAACAGUAACGGUUCCUUUGCUUCCGGGAAUGGAUCUUCCAUGGGAUCUGAUCGCUCAGGUAACAUGUCUGUUAACACAGGGGGUUUUUAUGAAACUGCUGAAACGUUAAAGGCGUUUGGUGAUCGGUUCGACUACUUACUGACAAACAGUAUUGGCUCAGAGGUGGUUGCAACCGUCAGUUCGGCAAUUAAAUACUCAGGGUUGUUGGUGGCAUGUAAUUUGGACUCAACCAAUGGUGUGGAUAUUAUCCUCAAAUAUCCAAAAAUAGUUGACAGUGGGUUUAGUGACAAUAUCGAUGAACUAAGUGAUCAAUUAGGGGAAACCUUGCUGAUUAGCGGAUCAGAUGUGGCUGAACUGGAAAUGAAAGGUGUUGAUUUUGCUCUUGAUGAAAAGUGGGAUACCUUAAAGAAACAGGAAUUGGAAGACAAGCAGAAAAGAGACAAAAGAAACCAGGGUGAAAGUGCUAAUGGUGUGGGCUACGGGAAUAAUUCAAAGAACUUCAAAACUGACACUGACAUCUCACGGGGAAGAGGUGAUGUUAAAGAACGUGAGCUCCAGAAAUGGACCCCAGAUACUGGUGAUGAGGUUCCUGGUAUUAGUCAUCAGACUCUUGAGGAAUCUUCCACUUCGUGGGAUCAGUUUACGGUCAACGAAGAAAAAUUUGGAGUAAAGUCAACGUACGAUGAACAUCUAUACACAACAAAGAUCAAUAAGGACGAUCCUCACUAUGAAAAAAGAUUGAAAGAAGCAGAGAGACUUGCAAAAGAAAUUGAGUCGCAAGGAACCUCCGGCAACAUCCAUCUAGCUGAAGAAAGAGGGCUUACCAUUGAUGACUCUGGAAUGGAUGAGGAAGACUUAUACUCCGGUGUUGAUAGGAGAGGCAAUGACUUGCUGGCAUCUUUGAAAUCGAAUUCAAAGCCUUCCCCCUCCAAGGCAGCUGUUUACGUUGCACCAAGUUUGAGGAAUCAGCCACAUCAUACAGAUCCAGCAAUCAUUUCUUCAACAUCGUCCAACAAAACUACUGAUAAGCAGGUUCCUGUGACGAAAAAAAUUCCGAAGGCGACCUCAAAAAUUAGUGGUACCGAUGAUUCUCUUAUGACUAUACCAUUGGAUAAAAAUGAAACGGGAAUGAAUAAAGAAAACGAGACUCCAAAAUCUCAAAUAUCUAUUCAAGAAGAGUCUCCAAACAAACAUCCUAACAGUAAAGAUGCCCAAAUCGAGGAAUUGAAAAAAUUUGCUCAAAAGUUUAAAGUACCCUAUGAUAUACCGGAAGAUAUGCAAGAUAUCUUGAAAAGCUCUACCCUGAAAAGCGAUCCUUCUUUGCCUCCAAAACCAUUAAAUGGUAGCAAUAAAUCAUCUCUUCCACCAACUCCCUCCAAUAUUAGGGUAGAUAUCAGAAAGAAUCCUGGGACGAGUAAAAUGAGCUCUCAAGCCAAUACACCAAUCAACUCUCCUUCUGUUGGCAGGGCUAGCAUUUCAACUAAGAGACGUGGUGCAGGAUCCUUUUUUGGCUCAAAAAUACCCUCUGCAGAUAAUAAAAAGAAAGCUUUAUUCAAUACAAAGUUUAACAUGUUCAUUCAAUCCAGAGAAAGUUAUGACAAUUCCAUGAAGAAACUAAAAGAUAAAGACAGUGAAUCCAAAAGUAUGGAACCUUUUUUUAUCGAAAAACCGUACUUCACUGCACCAACCUGGGCGGGAAACAGUGAGCAAUCGUACAAGACUUUGUUUCCUGAUGAGGUCACAGCAUUGCAGAAAGCUCAAAUGAAUUUGCAAAAGCGUCAAAUGACUAACAUGAAUGCAGCAGCUGCUGCAGCAGCUGCAAAUCAACAAAUGGGUCUUGUGAUGGGUAAUAUGAUGAGAUUUCCCAUGGGUCCCGGUGCAUCGCCAAAUAUAAUGAGUGGUAUGGCUGCUGGAAAUAUGGGGAUGUAUAUGCCAAUGCAACCGCAACCCAUGUUUUAUCCGUCAAUGCCACACAUGAUGUCAGUGAUGGGCGGUGGUGAAGAUGGAGGAAGAAGCCCUUCUCCGCAAACCGUAUCUCCCCAUAUCACCCCAACAUAUAUGAAUAAGGGCCCCACUGCCUCUUCCUUUGGCUACCCUGGCGCUAUGCCUUUUCAACCAAUGAUAAGUGGUAGUAACGGUAAUUAUAGGCAAAAUUACCAUCAAGGCAACCACUACAAUCACAAUAAUAAUCAUAACCACCAUCGAAACAACCAUGAGAAUCAUUGA